UAAAGUCGGUUAAGGUAGAAGAGACAUGACGCUUCUUUAUUUUCUGUUUGCUUUUUCCACUUUCUUCUUCUUCGUCUUCUCGUAUUUCUAUAAACUCCUCUUUCUUUCUUCCUGCUCCUGCUGCUGCUGCUUAAAUAAUAACAAAGGGGUUUUGUUUUUCGCUUAAUUCAAUCAGCCUGGUGAUCGCCUUUCGAAACACAAAAUUGUUGGGGGGAAAAUGGGCAGAAUUUUUAUGGUUACCCUUGAAGGGAAUGUCUAUUCUUGCAAGCAUUGCAAGACCCAUUUGGCUGUUUGUGAUGAUAUCAUCUCCAAGUCUUUCCAUUGCAGGCAUGGGAAAGCUUAUCUCUUUGAUAAAGUAGAGAAUGUCACUGUGGGAGAAAAAGAACAAAGGAUGAUGAUGACUGGAAUGCAUAUUGUGGUUGACAUUUUCUGUGUUACUUGUGGCUCAAUUGUGGGGUGGAAAUAUGAGUCUGCAUAUGAGAAGAGCCAAAAGUACAAGGAGGGGAAAUAUAUACUUGAAAGGUUUAAGGUCUUGGGUCCUGACGGAAGUGGCUAUCCAGUAGUUCCCGAUGCUCAACUUGCUGGAAGCGAUGGUGAUGAAUGAUGGUACUUGGUCUGCCUUCUCCAUUUAGGUUUGACAAAUUAGUGUAAAUGAAUUAACCAAACCUAACUGUAAAUUCUUUAAAUUUCUUGUCUUGUACACAAAUGUGAAUUUGUCAAUCCUCCCGAAUAUCUUGUUCUUGUUCACACCUGCAAUUAAAAGUCAAUGUUGCAGGAUUGUAGAAUUUUCCGGUUAAAAAUCCUAUUUCAAGUCUUUCAAGUUUUUUGUUACA